AGUGUGAUAUUUACCGACGGUGCCCAGAAUUCACCCUACGGGGCUAGCGAGCUAACUUGCUAUUGCUAACAUGGAAACACUGAUAAACGAGUCCGCGAAUGAUUUCGAAGAAGAUGAUGUGGAUAACUCUGACAGAAGUAGAAACGGCUCUGGUGAAGAGGAAGAAAAUAAAGGUAGGAAAUGUGAUGACAUGGAGAAACACAAGCGAAAGAAACACAAACAUCAUAGCAAGCACAGAAAGCACAAAUAUUCGUCGUUAGAGGAAAAGGAACAAAGACACAAACACAGACACAAGCAUAAAAAACGCAAACACAGAGAUUCCUCCAAGGUGGACGGUGAAGACUGUCGCAAUGAGGAUAUAGCUGAUUUUAUCUCACUGAAGAGGUCCAGACUGGAUGACAUGGCAGCUUUGGAGGAUUUAGAGAAGCAGAGGGCCUUGAUCCAAGCAGAGCUUGAUAAUGAGCUGCUGGAAGGGAGAGUGCACUCAGGAAUGGGACUAAUACUGCAGGGAUACAACUCAGGCUCAGAUGAGGAUGGGGAGAUGCCAGAAGGGAUGUGUAAUGGGGAAGAGGAAAGGGACAAUAUGAAUGAGCCCUCUACGACUAAGGGGUGUCCAGUAGCUGAAAAAGCCGAAAGACUGGAUUCCUGGUGUCGAAGCAGAAGCGAGUCAAAAGAGAUAGCUGUGAAACAGGAUAAAUCACAUAAAAGAAAGAACAGGAAUGAGCCAGACACUGAUACCAAGGAGAGAACUCGAGGUCCAAGCCCAUCCCAGGAGAGGAGGUCAUCCAGUAGUGCUCAGCAGUCCAGAGAUGGACAUCAGAGGUCCAGAUCUCCUGGAACAUCCAGGAAACAACAAUCUGUAUACAAAAAUCCACAUUCACUUUCUUCAGAGACAGAACAGAGAAGUAAAAGGACCCCUUCGCCUUCAGCACCACAGCCUGGAAGCAGACAAAAUGCUGAUUACGCUAAAUCACCAGAGAAGAUGAGACGUUCCAGAUCCCAAGACAGACAUGGCAGACAGCCUGAGUCUGACCACAGACGGGACAGGGACAAGAUAGCAGUAAAGUCUCCAUCUAAGGAAAUCUCAUCAGGCAAGGAAAACAGAUCUCCCCGCAGAAAGCAAGACCAAAGUCCAUCUCGACAUAAAUCUUCUAACAGGGCCAGAGAACAUCAUUCUCCUCAGCAUCUUCCCAGGAACCCCAGUGGCGACCGAGGGUCCAAGCAAGCCUGCUCUGAGCCCCACAACAGAUCUCCAGCCAGGAGGGGUCGGUCUCGUUCUGCAGAGAGAAGACAGAGAGACUUUGAGCGUCAGAGACUCUCACCUGUCAGGAUGCGCUCCCGUGAUGAGGCAGGAGGGGGCAGAGGGUCAAGCCCCUCUCUGAGCUCCAGACGGAGGUUGAGCCGCUCCCCUCUAAGGUGUAGAUCCCGUUCCCCCAAGAGAUACACCAGUAGGCCAACUCCUCCCAGACGAAGGUCCAUGGAGCGGGAUAGACUGGGCCACAGGCAGCAACCACGCUCAGGAUCUCAGGAGAGACGAAGGAGAAGCAGAGAGAAAGAGGACAAGUUUAAGGGCAGUCUAUCUGAAGGCAUGAGAGCAGAACAGGAUGAAUCAGAUGAUGAAGUGCUGGAGGAUUUUGAUGUGGAUGAGGAGGAUGAGGAAGCUCUGAUUCAGCAGAGAAGACUUCAGCGCUUGGCAAUUGUGCAGAAAUAUAAGGAAACAAAUGACGACAAUAUUAAGUCAGAACCCGGAAGUCCUCAGAGUAGCCCCCGCAGCCGCUCGCCCUCGCCAGAUGACGUCCUCGAGCGUGUUGCAGCUGAUGUGAAGGCUUAUGAGCAAGAGAACCUGGACACCUUUGAAGCCAACAUUAAAGCCAAGCACAAUCUGCUUAGCCAGGAGAAAGAUGGGGCUAAUCCGAAGAAGCCAUCAGCUCCAGAUAUGUUCACGGAAUCAGAUGACAUGUUCGCUGCGUACUUUGACAGUGCAAGGCUACGAGCAGCAGGCAUUGGGAAGGACUUCAAGGAGAACCCCAAUCUCAAAGACAACUGGACAGACGCAGAAGGAUAUUAUCGAGUGAACAUCGGAGAAGUGUUGGACAAGCGUUAUGAUGUUUAUGGCUACACUGGGCAAGGUGUGUUCAGUAACGUUAUCCGUGCAAGGGACUUGGCCAGGGCCAGUCAAGAGGUGGCAGUGAAGAUCAUACGCAACAAUGAGCUAAUGCAAAAGACAGGCCUCAAAGAGCUGGACUUCCUGAAGAAGCUGAAUGAUGCCGAUCCUGAUGAUAAGUUCCACUGCCUGCGUCUUUUCAGGCACUUCUACCAUAAGCAGCACCUGUGUCUGGUGUUCGAGCCACUCAGUAUGAACCUCCGCGAGGUCCUGAAGAAGUAUGGCAAAGACGUGGGGCUCCACAUCAAGGCAGUGCGCUCCUACAGCCAGCAACUUUUCCUGGCUCUCAAACUCCUCAAGCGCUGCAACAUCCUUCAUGCUGACAUUAAACCUGACAACAUCCUGGUGAAUGAGUCUAAGACUAUACUGAAGCUCUGUGACUUUGGCUCAGCGUCCCAUGUUGCUGAUAAUGAUAUCACACCCUACUUGGUCAGCCGGUUCUACAGAGCACCUGAGAUCAUCAUUGGAAAGCCGUAUGAUUAUGGAAUCGACAUGUGGUCUGUGGGGUGCACGCUGUAUGAGUUAUACACAGGGAAAAUCCUCUUCCCUGGAAAAAACAACAACCACAUGCUCAAGCUCGCUAUGGACCUUAAAGGAAAGAUGCCCAACAAGAUGAUCAGGAAAGGCUUGUUCAAGGACCAACAUUUUGAUCAAAACUUGAACUUCUUGUAUACAGAGGUAGAUAAAGUUACUCAACGGGAGAAAGUCACAGUGAUGAGCAGCAUCAACCCCACUAAGGACCUGCUGACAGACAUGGUGGGUCGCCAGAGGCUGCCAGAAGACCAGCGGAAGAAGGUGGUUCAGCUCAAAGACCUUCUGGACCAGAUCCUGGUGCUGGACCCAGCCAAGAGGAUUAGCAUUAACCAGGCCUUGCAGCACCCCUACAUUCAGGAGAGAAUGUGACAACCUCUUCCAAAUGACCUCUGAGGACACAUGGCACGAAGUGCUCAACAAGUCAGCCAGCAAAAUGAUGGUUUUGUAUCUACAGACAUGACUCAAAAGAUGAAGAGACAUUAUUUAAGUAAUGCUAAAGCUUUCAUUUACUUUCUGAACAGCUAUGCCAUCUUGGCGUCAUUUUAAAUUUAUGAUGCAUUGCUAAAGUAGUCCCCCACUUUGAAUGACGUGCAGGGUGUUUCAAAAAGUUUAUUUUCAGUCGGUUUUGUUUUGUUUUUCCGUCCUCUCACUUAUGAUCUCUGCGGGUCAUUAGUCUCUGGGAAUGUUGCGAGGACAUACAUAUUUACAACUGUUCAGCAGAAAGUAGGCCUAAGGAUACUCAAAUGAUUGUAAAUUGUCCCAGUACUCUGAACUGCCCCUUAUUCUGUACAGAAUGUUGUCAGAUCAGCAUAAAUGCUGUCUAUAUCCACAUCUCCCUCAGGUGUUAAAGCGUGAGCGCACCCUGGUGCGCGGGCCUGUAGGUGUGUGUCUGCUGAAAUCGGAGCUCUUGAGCCCUACCUGAUCCCAUCUGCAGGAAAGGCCUCCUCUGUAAAGGCAGGUUGUGUUCCUCUAUUAGUACACUGAAGGUAAGCUUGCCCCUAUAAAAUUGCCAUCGUUCUUAUACGGUGCCAAAUGUUUUGGCCAGAUGUCCUAAAACUCAGAAAUACUCAUGCUCUGGCAGCUCUUAGAAUGCAGAGACAAGUGGACAUCAGCCUAAACCCUCUAUCUCUCUGUGUACUGGAAUUUCUCAACAUUGCUUCCAGAAAGUUCAAUCUUAAACGCAAAAAAAGCUCUUGCUUAAACAAGUAUGGAAGGAAUUCCUUAAGUGAGUCAGUCACAGUUGUUGUUGAGGGUAAGGGGGGGAAAAAAUCUGGAAUUUUAUAACAGAACAGGCACCUUCAGUGUACUGCCUGUGACAGUAAAUGCACUGUUUGACAAGAGAAAUGUUUGUGCUCUCUAAGUGCACAUGUACAAGUUUCAUUGUUUUCAUUAGUGUUCUUUCAAGGUGUGCAUGUGUAUAUCAAAUGCUGCACUGUGUACUUGUUAUAAGACCUUCGUUGUGUCCUUCUGCUGUUGUCCUUUGUUCUGACGUGAUGUUGUCUUUUGAUACAGGGGUAUUCCUCAUCUGAUCUAUGAAUCUGCUUGUUUUGAGCGGUAAUUGCUUCUUUAUUUCAUAUUGAUUUAUUGUUGGACUCAAACAGAUAAAGACACCGAAAGACUAGCUCAUGCUGGAAAUAUUCACCUUGUAUAUUAUUUUUUGCAAAUAUGUCUCGCCCUGCAUGUUAACAACAAGCUUGUAUUAAUUGUAAAUUCACAAUAUGUUAUCGUAAAAUAAAAAAUAAAGAUGUUUUGUGCUGGAGGAAAACUAACAAAACCUGGUUAUAGACCUCUAAAGAGUUCUGGUUUGUAUUUGAUACACCCUGAGGCAGGUAGUCUUAGUUAUCAUAGUUUAAAGUGAUGGCUUAUUCAGUGUUUGAUUGGAGGCUUUACAUUUUUUUGGUUUCACUAACUGCUGUUUGUGAUGUUUCUCCCACUGUUUCUCCGUGGAUGCUGUGAGAGAGAGAGAUUUUAUUCUCCAGCCAAAGGAGGCUCUUCUCUGUGCACCAUCCUCCAGCCUGCCUCUGCUUUCAAAGAGACGAGACCUUCACAAGAACCCCUUACCCAGGUCACUCCUAAAGGCAUGUGUAGCUUCACAGCAAUACAGAGAUAAUCAGAGAUUAACUGACAUGAAACUGACAAAAUUGAUGCUUUCUGUCUAAUUUGAGUGUAGUUUCCCCCUGAGGCCUCUUUUAAAUAGAUACGACAAUACUUACUGGUAUUUGGGAGGUCGGCCACUUUUUUACACUGCAGAAGUACUGCAUAUGAGUUGUCAUUUUUUGCAGGGAAAUUGCAGCAAGUGUUGUGAAAGGGGAUAGACUUGUAAGUUGCGUAAUGUCAAAGAAAACAUGAAGUAAGCAUGUUUUGCAACUUGUCUAGCACUAGUAACAUCAAGAGUAAAUCAUGUAAUAUUUAUUAACCCUUUACUGCAUGAAUAAUGAUUUUUUUCUUACUAAAAAUGUCCUAAUAAAAAAAAAAAUAUUCGGGUGGUACACUGCAUUUUGUUACAUGCAACAAUGAAAUAGCAGUCUGCAGUGCAAACAAUGGGAGUAAACCAAUGCACCGCCAUCAAGCAUAGUUAUAUAAAUAAAAACUAUAUAAAUAGCUUUAUGCAAUGUGUGCAGUAGCAGUAUAUCCAUUUUCUACUAUUGUAUGCAUUGCAGAUUGCAGUUCCAUUGAUGCAUGUUGUUGCCAUACGACAACAAUUAUAUAUAAGACACAGCAACUAAACCUGUGAUAUUUAUGAGAAAGAAUUGCAACUUUCUACAGGUUUUAUUUCAGUUUUUCUUGAAGUUGAGGUGUAUACAUGUUGACUACUGCACACACUUUAAGAGUCCCUCAGCAGCCAGGGCUCACCAUGUGAUGUAUGUGUGAAAAAGUACAGAUUGCAACAGAAAGGGACAUGAUCAGCAAAAAGUAUAUACAGCCUUCAGUUCCCCAAAGAAAAAUAUUUUGAUAUUGUAAUCAGGCAAAAAAAAAAAAUACUGUUGUCAUAUGGCAACAUAAUGCAGUAAAGCGUUAGCGAGUUUUGGGCUUGCUUUGUUGUAGAUCCCUAAAGCUUACCCUUUUUUUGAAUUUGGAUAUAGAUGGGCAAAAGUUGGAAUAUAAGGAACUACAAAACAUUAUUUUGCAGUAUACAGUUGAAUAUUUGGAUGUACAAUCAAUCAUAUUACUGAACGGCUAUGAGGCCAGUUGUCCUACUGAUUAACACUUUUUUCAUAUAUAUAUAUAUAAAAAAAAAUCUGAAUUCAUUAGCUUACUGUCAGAUGUUGAUGGAGAAUGUUAAUUAAAGUAGACCACUUCAAAGAUUUAUAAAAUAAAAACUGUAAUUGGAAUCUAUUUUCAUUUUAGCUGAUUAUUGGCCAUAUGUAUGGCAUCACUUUCUGAAGAAGUAAAAGCCUCAGUAAUGGCUUUCAGCUUAAAAAUGGCUCAGUAAACCUGGGAAGGCUGAUGUUUGUGUAUUGCUUUAUGGUGUUUCAGGAUCAUGUAGUCUUGACUGCAACCACUUUGUAGGAAGAUACUGGUUUAUUUGUUCUCUGUAUUUUAGGU